AUGGCCGCCUUGCUGGUGGCAGUGCCUCUCGCAGCCACCGAGGCCACCGAGGCCGCGUGCGCCUUCAGCCUUCGCCACAUGGGCUGCGUGCCGCGCGAUGGCGCCUCCAUCUAUUUGCGCGACUACCUCUGCGAGCUGUCGUUGUACGGUUGCACGGCGACAGCAGGCAACCCGCACAAGCUGAAUCCCGAAGCUUACGCGGCUUGGCUCGCGGAGCAGGGCGAUUCAGCCAAGACAGAGUCGGCCAGGGAUGAGCUGGCCACGGAUUCCUCCAAGGAGGCCUCUGAGAAGGCUGCCGACGCCGCGGAGGACGCGACGGGGACGGAGGCCGCGGCUGAGCAGACGGACGAGGCGCAGGAGGGCGGGUCGGCGGAGGCGCCGGACGACGAGGCCGUCGAGGCCGAGGCCGCGUAG